CAUGGAACAGAGUGAGCACUAGGACCCUGGUGGUGUCCUGUGCUUUGUUUCCAUAGCUGCAAACAUGAGGUGAUCACUUUCAGAACUACUGUACAAACUGUUCGUUUAAACUAACUUACUUCUUUUUAGGAGCACUACAACCAAAUGAAACUACGUUUUGUCGGGAAUGGACAAUGUACGACAACAUUCUUUGAUUUAUUUUGGAGACAGUAUGAUAUGCAGCUGCCAGAUGGUCUUGGAGUUAGUAUUGACCAGAGAAACUAUGUAUUUAAUUAAAAGCAAAAUUGUAAAUUGAUAAGUGUCUAUAAACAACCACUUGAUAUACAGUACGAGUGGCCACAUAAUUACUGUUAUAAAUUCUCGCUGAAGUGAAGAAAGAAGACUCCGCCUUCAACUACAAACACUUAAUUAAGAUGAACUGCUAUGAUAGGAGGGUAAGACGGACUAGACCUGCACGGGAAGACAGCAGAAAUGAUCUGGUUACCCCUCCACGGCGGUCCAGAGUGAACGGCUGGUCAUUGCCUAUACACUCCUUCCAGCUUGUCGCUUGGCUGUUCUACACAUAUCUGGCUAUUGUAGGGUUUGGAAUCUACAUACCUCUGCUGCCUUACAACUGGAAGUAUGCUGGCUACUGUAUAAUUGGCAUAGCAUUUGCUUCUCACUUUGUUAUGCAUAUAGUUGCUGUCUCCAUUGAUCCUGCAGACCACAGUGUACGUGCCAAGAACAACUACAGGAGUCCAAUGCCAGCCUUAGACAGGGCGAAGCACCCUCAUGCAAUACAGAACCUGCAUUGCUACCUGUGUGAAGUCGACGUUGGACUAAAAGCAAAACACUGCAGUAGUUGCAAUAAGUGCAUCUCUGAUUUUGAUCACCACUGCAGAUGGCUGAAUAACUGUGUCGGGGGAAGGAACUACUGGUUUUUCUUCUGUACUGUGCUUUCUGCAGUCCUUGGUAUUAUUCUGAUGGUGCUUGUGAUCCUGUAUGUUUUCAUUGAACAUUUUGUGAAUCCUACUCAGCUGCGCACUGCUCCUCAGUUUCAUGAAAUUCAGGAGAACAGCACGUGGCUGGCAUUUCUUCCGGUGUCUCCCAUGGAAACAAGUUCAGCAGGGAUUCUGGUUCCAGCAUUCAUUUCCAUUCUCAUGGGAUUGGCCUCUCUCUUGUUGCUUGGACAUUUACUUGGAUUCCAUAUUUACCUGUUGACAAAGAAGCUGAGUACGUAUGAAUAUAUAGUGAAACAGAGGCAUACUACAAGUAUUAAAAACCAGGAUAAGGAUUUGGAGUCAACAUCAUCAACAUUCAGAUCUCAGAAUGUGCCAGCAAUGCAGACCUCUGUUGGUUGUGAUUCGCCCUUAUCUGCAAGGUCCAGUGCUUUCAAGUACCAGGAUAGAACCCACGUAACCAUUAAGAUGUCCAAUGGUGAUUGUGCAGGGGGAGAAAUCAAACAAGCAACCAGUGAUACAAGUGAGAAUUCAUACUAUACUCCAAAACAGACCACUCAAAGCUUAGCAGUAAACUUGGAAGGUGAAUGUUUGGUGGAUUCAAAAGGAAGCUGUAAGUCUGCAUCUAAACAGAAGCCAAAUAAUUCCUACCAGGAAAGUGUGGAAUCUAUAGAGCAAAUCCCAGUAGCCCAAAACCCUCUAGGGAGUUGUGCCAAGCAAAGUACCCCCUCAAAGCAGUCAAAACAUGCUGCUACGCAGCUUGUCACGACUCCCUCUCCCUGUGCAUCUGAGAACCCAGGGAAUUUGAGACAAUCGUUUCUUAGCACACCUUUAUCAAUGGACACAACCCAUUCUGAACAGGAAUUGUCACAUAUAGGAACCUCACACUUCAUGGAUGGAAGUCAAAGGAGUUCACAAAAAGUGUUUUUUCAUACUACAGAUGUUAAUUCGCUUUGCUUGGGCAACAGCGUUCUCGAAACAGACAUAGAGAGUGAGCCAAGCUAAGAAUAAGACAAUAUGUACUUUAUUUUUUUUUUUCUUUUUGAAUGGCUGAUGGAGUUCUGGUUCACUUAGUAUUACCCCCCUCAGCACCACAAGGCCUAACCUUUGGAAGUCUUGAACUGGACACACUGCACAGGUGUUCUUUUUUUAUUCUUUAACUUUAUUCUUGUUGAAAAGAAAUGGACCUGGAUGUUUUACAGCUCACGGCUGUGCUGAAACUUCAAUCUGCACUGUUUAAAUUUAAAUGAAUAGAAAAAAAUAAGAUUUAAUAACAUGCUGUACUUUUAGAUUGAUUAAGUGCUUGUCUUCAUCCCUCCCGCCCCGAAAUGUAAAAGAUUAUGUUAAAAUUAUUUCAAUAUUAAGCUAUAUGUUUAUACUUUUAUUUAUAUCCAAUGAUGGAACAUUGAGUUGAUUUGAGUGGUUUAAUUUUUAAUUUGUUAUGUUUGAACUUCAAGUCUUUAAAGGAUUUUCAUAUAAUAAAAAAUAACAACUGUUCUCUCUGAACGCUCUUUA